UUUGUCUGUCUUUUAACAGUGAUAGUAGGCGUUGCUAUCUCUGACGAAAACUCAGAGCAGAAUUCAAUCUUGUAUUUUCUGCCGACAAUUUUAGCCGAAGAAACCGAGCAGAGCAAUAAUUUCAAUUUUGAAAAAGUUUCUCAAUUUCAUCUAACCGCUGAAUUUUCAAUUCAAAUUCUUUGCAGCCCCACAAACCCUCCACGUGUUGAAACCUUUCAUCUUUCGAAUUUACAGAGUUACAAAACCCUAAUCAAUCACUGAGCUCAUCUUCAACCAAACAAAAAAUAAUAAUCUUCCACAGAUAUCAGUAUGAUACACCUGCUUUAUACAGUAAUUUUUGGAGAAAUGGGGUUGAUUUUAACCCUAUUGUUCAAAACCCCUUUGAGAAAGCUGGUGAUUAUGAUUUUGGAUGGUUUGAAGAGAGGGAGAGGUCCGGUUAUGGUUAAAACAGUUGGUGGGACUGUGUUUGCUGUGUUUUUGUCGAGUGUUUACAGUAUGGUGAAUAUCCAAAACCGGACUGAUGAAAUGGGUGCUGUUAAUCCUACUGAUCAGGUUCUCAUGUCUAAGCAUAUGCUUGAAGCCUCUCUCAUGGGAUUUGUUCUGUUCUUGGCAUUGAUGAUAGACAGAUUGCACCAUUACAUUAGAGAGCUGCGUAUGCUCAGGAAGACAAUGGAGGCUGCUAAGAAACAGAGCCGGGGAAUUGAUGAUGGAAAAAAUGUGGAGGCCAAGGCGCUGACUGAGGAGAUUAAGACCCUCCAACAUAAAAUACAAAAUCUAGAAUAUGAAGUCGAGGCAAAGUCAAAGGAGGCAAAGGCUGUGGGAACCGAAGUGGAGGCUUUGCGAAAACAGUCUGAAGGAUUGCUUAUCGAGUAUGAUCGCUUGCUCGAGGACAAUCAAAACCUGAGGAACCAGUUGGAGUCUAUGGAUCAAAUGCAGUCAGAGUCUGAUGGCAAGAACAAGUGAGCAAGUAAUUAUCUAAUCCAAAUUUCCCUUUUUACUUAAUAUGCAGUAAAGUUAUAUGAAUUCUGAUUUUGGAAAGAUGAGACAGCUUUAGAGUUGAAGUUGGUUCAUUGUAGAGUUGUAUGAAUAUGAUGGCACCAUUUUAAGUUAGAAAAUUUCUCAA